ACAGACUGCCAAUAGCUUCCACUCGGUACGGAUCUCCGGAGCAGCCCAGAAUUUCGAAUUUGCGAAAUGCAAACGAUGACAAGCCACAUCUUGUUCACUGUUCUAUUGCUGCUCUUCUUCUCGACCACUACGAGUGGCCAGCGAAGACGCAAACCUCAGGUAACAAAAACGAAAACGGAAAUCAGAACAAUUACGGAAACGAAGACGAAGACGACAUCGACGCACUGCGCGUCGUUCAUCACGUCAGAGUCGGAGAUACUCACAACGUGUCGUCGACGUCGGCAGUACUGGAUCGACGUUCCAGUUUUCUUGGCAGUGGACGAACAAUUCGACCAGCAAUUAUCGCAAUACUUUGCCCAUCCGCCUGAAAAGUUCCAAGUGGAAACGACCAUUCCGGCAGAAGAAGGAUAUGCGCAUUCAGGAUGGAUGUCGGAUUUAUUCCGUUCCUCGUCGCCCAUCAGUUCGAUGUCGUCUUAUUCCAUCCAGCCGUCGAUACAAGAAAACGAUUUCAAACCGAUAUUCUUUGGUGAACUGGAUGAUAUGGCCAGGCGGAUGUUCGGAAGAAGACGGAAGGUUACCUUCGUCACCAACACGUUCACGACUACAUCGACCACGACAAAGACAUCCACAACGACGGCCACUUUCUUCCUUACCGGAUGUGUGCCCAGUCCUUUUUCCUACAGUUUCUGUUCUUGAAUUGCACGUCACGCUAACACAAGUUUAUCUCGUUGACGAUGCUAUAUGCUAUUUAUUUUCGUAAACUGUUGAUUUUUGAACGCUCGUCUAGCAAAACGGGAUUUUACGUGCCACAUUUUUCGUAAAUUAUUAAAAAAUGAUCGAUUUCUGCUCUCUGUAAUCCCUCUAAUUUAUGAAAACGUACAGUGACUUGAAUUCUACGUGCAAUUUUUAAAACUUAAUGCUAUUUAAUGAACCUCAAGAUAGAUCCCCCACGAACCAUUAAUACCUCUUUGCCAAUGUCCUUACUAAUAUAGUAACUGAUGUAAUUCUUUUAGUUUUGACUUUCAAAUUGUCCUAUGACAAUGAAUAACAUUUAAAUUUGAAAUUUUACUAAAAUGUAGAAUUACAUACAAUUUUUCUACGCA